AUGAGCAGUGAGAGAAGUUUCUGAAAAGAGAAGAGGAAUCUGCCUUGAAUGAAGAGGAUUUUAGCACCUUGGGCUAAGCCAAUAAACCUCUGCCAUCCCCAUCCGAACGGGAAUUGUUUGCACACGCUCCCGGAGCUGCUUAAAGCAGGCAAGACACAAAGAGAGAAUAGGAUCAAGCAUGGUGGAGGGAGAAACCCCCCUGCCUGGAGAGCCUGUGAGCAGAUCCCUAUAGGGAUCCCACAGGGACAAGGAACUCACCCAGCCCGGAUCUCCCAGGGACGGGCUGUGCCCCCACUGCCACCUCACCUCAGUGGGGCUGGCAGCCAGGAAGGUGCUCCCAGAAGAUGCUCUGUCCUGCUGAACACGCCAGCCCUCUCCACCACUGGCAGCGAUUCUGGUCCCUGAAGUCCCCAUCCGAGUGACACGGUGGCACCAUGGGGGCAUCUGGCCCUGUGGGAGCUAUCAUGGUGACUCUCCUCUGCUGCUGCCUCCUGAGCUCGGCUCUGGUUGAUCCUGAUGAUGUUCUCACGAAAGAAGAGCAGAUCUAUCUCCUGGUGGAGGCCAAGGAAAAGUGUCAGAGGGACAUAAAGGCCCAGCUGGAGAAGAUCAAAGACCCCAGCUGCCCUCCGGAGUGGGAUGGGAUCAUCUGCUGGCCAAGGGGCUCCCCCAGCCAGGAGGUGUCAGUGCCUUGCCCCGACUACAUCUACGACUUCAACCACAAAGGUCACGCCUACAGGUACUGCAGUGCCUAUGGGACCUGGGCCAUGGCUCUCAGCAUCAACAAGACCUGGGCCAACUACACGGAGUGUGCCCUGCUCUUCUCCUCCGAGAGCCGGAGCCACCAGAAGGAGGUGUUUGACCGCCUGCACCUCAUGUACACCGUGGGCUACUCCAUCUCCCUGGCCUCCCUCAUCGUUGCUGUCUGCAUCCUCUCCUACUUCAAGCGCCUGCACUGCACACGGAAUUACAUCCACGUGCACCUCUUCACCUCCUUCAUCUGCCGGGCCCUCAGCAUCUUCCUGAAGGACAUGGUGCUCUACUCGGGCACGGCGCCCAGCGACGCCGACAGGCUGCGGGAGGACGACUUCAGGGGUCCCUUGCCAGGACAGCGGGGACACCUGGUUGGCUGCAAGGUGGUGGUGACUCUCUUCCUCUACUUUCUGGCCACCAACCACUACUGGAUCCUGGUGGAAGGUCUCUACCUGCACAGCCUGAUCUUCAUGGCCUUCCUCUCCAACAAGAACUACCUGUGGGUCCUCAUCAUCAUCGGCUGGGGUCUCCCUGCUGUGUUUGUGUCCAUCUGGGCCAGCGUCAGGGCCUCGCUGGCAGAUACACAGUGCUGGGACCUCAGUGCAGGGAACAUGAAGUGGAUUUAUCAGGUCCCCAUCCUGGCUGCAGUCAUGGUGAACUUCUUCCUCUUCCUCAACAUCGUCCGGGUGUUGGCCUCCAAGCUCUGGGAGACCACCACGGGCAAGCUGGACCCCCGGCAGCAGUACAGGCAACUGCUCAAGUCCACGCUGGUGCUGAUGCCACUUUUCGGAGUCCACUACGUGGUGUUCAUGGCCAUGCCCUACACCGAGGUCUCCGGGCUCCUGUGGCAGAUCCAGAUGCACUAUGAGAUGCUCUUUAACUCCUCCCAGGGUUUCUUUGUGGCUUUUAUCUACUGCUUUUGCAAUGGGGAGGUGCAGGCUGAGAUCAAGAAGGCUCAUUUCCGGAGGCUCCUGGCGCUGCACUUGGGGCAGCAGGCGUGCCCCGGGAGCUGCUGCUGCGCCGGCCGGGGCUCCCAGGCCCCCCAAAGCUGCAGCACGAGCCUGGCGGGGCGGGGAGCGGGCGGCACCCGGGGGCUGCUGCUCCCGGCCCAGCCCCGCCUGCCCGGCUACAUCCCCGGCUGCGGCGCCUCGGAGCAGCUCCUGCCCUGCCCCGCGCAGCAACUGAGCCAGAAAGGCCGGGGGGAAAACACGGUGGAUUUGACAGAGCUGACUCAGUGUCAGCCCAAGCCCAGCAAGGAGCUGGAGACGAUGCUGUGA